CCCCCACAGCCCUGAGCUCCAUAUUGCCCCGACGAACGCCAUCCAACAGGGCGUCACCACGAAACAGCUACCUUCACGACUCGUUAUCUACACCCCACCACCGUGCGGCAGAGCGGUUCUCCGUUCCGUUCGAAGACGGCCUCGACGACGACGACGAAGUGGCCGUGUCCUGCCGUCCCCGGGAGCUCGAUCAAAAGGAUGACUCCAUCCACCAUCCACCUUCUGACAGCAUCGCUGCUGCUGCUGCUGCAACCUCUCGCCGACUCAUGCGGUGUAUUGGUCCACAACCAAAUCGUGCACCGAUCGGGGCACAUAUUCGCGCUGCCGAACUCGCUGCCGCAAUUCCACGCGCCGCAGAAAGUAUUUUCGCCGCUCGUCACCGCGGCCGCGAAUGCGGCGUCGGUGCAGGCCGGCGCGUUCUUCCCCGACUGGGGGUACCAGUGUUUGCAGACCGACGAGCUCGCGGAGGCCGCGCACUGGCCGCCGUUCCUGAUCGCCGCGGUUGAACAUAUCACGUCGAAAUACGGGUUUCUCAACGGUACGGAGGCGGGAGGUACCGGAAGAACGCGCUCGCGGUCGGAGGAUGAACAGAAGCAUCUUGAGAGCUUGGUCGCGUUCGUGUUCGCCGUGGCGUCGCACCAGACCGCCGAUGCGACGUGGCACGCGAUCCGGUUGCCGACGGGGUUUUUGGCGGCGCUUGCGGGCAUCGAUUUUGGCGGAAAUGUGGCCGAGGCGCAUCAGACGCUCGAUGUGGGCGGGGACUUCAUUGCGGCGGCCAGGCUCGCGAGACUACCGCAGGAGUCCAGUGCGUGGAUCGAGAAUUCUUGGCAGAUGCCUGUCGGUGAUCUCGUCCAGAUAUAUGAGCGCAUGGGAUUGAGGGUCAGUAAGUGGGGGCUCAGGUACUGCACUAUGCGCGGACUGGCGGCACUGAGGAGUGAACUCGCGCUGGGUGGUAGGCUCUUUGAGAAGUUUGCGGCGACGUCGCCGAUGCUGGUCGAUGAGAUGGAUGGGUACUAUCUGGGUGGCAUCGACGAGAUGACGGCGCGAACGGUCAACUGCUGGGCAAACUUGACGAGGUGGUUUUCUGACGGAAUCAGCGAGGAGGAUAAGUUGAGCGCAGGAUGGAACAUCUGUGAUGUGUUUCAAGCCAUUCGGGCCAGAGGAGGUGCUGGGAAAAUGGCCCCGCCGCACACACAUCAAUUUCGACACAAUAUUCUGGAUGACGACAGUUUGUAUGCGGCUACAUUGCGAGAGAUGGAGGAAAUGGAUGUCAAGACCGACAGGUUUGGUGCGGAGACAUUCAAUCUUCCGCGAAAGCUUGAGCAAGUUCGAACACUUCCACGCCGACCGGCGGAAAAAUAUUCUCUACCUUUUGAUGACCGAAUCUACGUCGCAACAUAUGUGCCGUACGGACACAUGGGUGCAUCGAUCUCCGCCGGGUACUUCUCGACUGAUCCGGAGGAGCUGGCUUUUGCGGUUGGAGCACCAUGGGAAAGUGAAGAUUCGUCUCGACCUGGUGAGGGAAACGUUUACGUCAUUCCGAAUAGCUUCAUUUCGGGCUCGCUUACUCAAAGCUCGACGCAUAAUUUACGCAUCAACAGUACCCGCUCGAAAGGCUUGCACGAUGCAUCGUCGCUCACAGUAAGAGGAGUGGGCUCGUCUGUCGAUCAGCGUUUCGGUACGGCAUCAACCAGUUUGAAAGCGCUCAACCGCACAUUUCUCGCCGUCUCCGCCCCGGGACCGUUAACGUGCGACGGCGCCCGUCCUCCUUCGCUCCCAUUCCAUCCGCAAGCCCUCGCUGGGCGCGUCGAACUUUUCAUUCCUGGAGACGGCGAAUCGCAAUUCACGUUUUCGCGGCAGGGAGCGGAGCUGGGCUCGAUCGGCACCCGUCAAUGGGGCGAUCACCUCUUAUCGGCCGCGCUUCAUCCGGAUAGCGAUGAGGAAUUUCUGAUUGUCUCGGCCUCUAGUUCCGACCGCGAACGAGCCUGCAAUGGACGCGAGAGACCACAGUUCGGUGAAGGAGAAGUCGCCAUCAUUAGGCUUCGGUAUGCUACCUCGGAGGACGACGUGGUCUCGGACAAUCACAGGAGCCCACUUAUCCUAGCACAACAGCACAACGCAAUCAAUAAUACUUGCAUUUCCGAGGAUCGGAUUGGCGUCACUAGUUGCUAUUCUCUCCAUGAGGCACGGGGUGAAGGGGUUGUUGCUGAUAUGUUUGGACUUUACUUGCCGGAAUCGGAGAGAGAUCGCAUCCCGUGUGAUCGCCAAACCACGUACGCACGAUUUGGUACUUCCAUCGCAUUCUCGUCCGGCUCCAAGCUCCUCUGGAUCUCAGCGCCCGGGAGAGGAAAGGUAUUUGGCUACCGUUUCUCACCCGACGAGCCUGCCAAACUCGUUACCACUAUCGCGGAUGAGGACUUUGCGCUCCGUCCGCAACGUACCGGAUUCGGCCAUUCCCUUGCUACGGGAAUGCUACCGGACGGCCGAGAAUGGAUCGCUGUUUCUGCGCCAAACGAGGAGGUGGAUGAUUCGAAGCAGGUUGGUGUGGUAAGGAUAUACCAGAUUACUACAACAAGCACGGGAACUAACACGCCCGAAAUCAAACUGGUUCACGAGGUUAUCCCAAGUGAUCCGGCGGGAUACACCAAGUUUGGCCGCUCCCUGGCUGCCGACGCGGAUAGUCGUCUGCUAUGGAUUGGAAGCGAAUUCGCGGGCGAGGAGCGCGGCGCAGUGUGGGCAGUCGAGAUCGGGAACGGUGAGAUGCUGACAGGCCAGUCGACCGCGUCGACCGCACGCAGCUGGAUGGAAUUGGUGCUGAGCAAGCUUCCAUUCCUUCCGCGGGACACGGAAGACGACAAGAGGAUAAGGGCCAAAGUGGUAUGGGAGGGUGCGGAGCCCGGCGAGCGGUUUGGCGCAACGAUUGUAGCUGCCGCGGGUGAUGUUGCGGUCGGUGUGCCGUUCGCGGGAAUCGGGAAGGUCCCCCAGGAGGAGAACUUUUUUGGUGCUAUGGCGGUUUUCAGGAGGAGGAAGGCGAACAGUGAGGAAUUGUAGCUGUAGCUGUGGCUGUAGCUGCGUUGGUUUUCAUUCUUAUUUUUCUUGUUUUGCUGCUGCUGCUGCUUUUGGCUGGAAUUUGGAAUUUGGCAUGGUUGUACGGUUGUGUGGUUGUAUGGUUGUAUGCGCAUUCCCCCAUGCAUCUGAGGUUGUGGGGUUGGUUUUGUUUUUGGGACGCGUUCAUGAGGUGGGUUGGAUUCACGAUUGUAAAUAUAUGAUGUUAUGAUGAGCUCGGCUUGGAGCUGCUACGAAUUGAUAUCCUGUUGUUUAUGUUUAUCUUGUCGUCGGUGUUUAUCAACCCGGACGAGGGACACCUAAGGAGGCAUUGACUUUGACAUCUUGCGUCUGGAGUUACAGGAAUGACAGCUCUCCCAUGCUGU